UUCCUCAGGACCAUCACUUAUCUUCAUGUGCUCGUUGUGUUUCUAGGACAAUAAUAGUGUGUGUGUGCAUGGAAGGAGGCGGCACCCUCCCUUCACCUAUCAGACCAGAUGGACUCUUGUGGACUGUAGCACCGUGGCUGACCAGUGUCUGAGGAGGACCAUGUUUUCCUGAACCUCUGUGCUGGAGCCCCGCCCCCUUCAUCCUCCUCAUCGUCAUCCUCUGUGCCUUCAUCAUGAACCACACCCCUAGCCCCCACCUGUCUGACGGCGGCAAGUCAGGCGGAGGCAGCCUUCUGUGCAGUCUGGGUCUGGGGUCGGACCGGGGGAUCCGCUCCCCCGACAGCCUCACACACACACCCAGCCCCACAGGGGGGACCCCCAGCUCCAGCCCCCCCCUGCUGCUCUCCCCCGGGUUCGGAGGUCUGGGCCUGGGACCCAUGGGCGAUGGAGCCGGGGCCGACUGGGAGAGCAGGGAGGAACUGAGGCUCCGGGAGCUAGAGGAGGCCCGGGCCAGGGCGGCCCAGAUGGAGAAGACCAUGAGGUGGUGGUCCGACUGCACGGCCAACUGGAGGGAGAAGUGGAGCAAAGUCCGCGCUGAACGUAACCGAGCCCGUGAUGAGGUCCGUCAGCUCCGCCAGCGCCUGGACACUUUAACCAAAGAGCUGACCGGUGUCCGGAGGGAGCGGCAGGAGCUGACCGCAGAGAACGACACGCUACGACAGGAGAUGAUGCGUCUCCGCGGCGACCACGUGGCCCCUCCUUCGGCCACCACGCCCCCUUCCUCCUCCUCCCCUGCACAUCCGCCCCUUGGCCCCUCCUCCUGCUCCUCUCCGUCCAUCCCUCCUUCGUCUCCGGCCUCGUCCUCCUCCUCCUCCUGUCAGGUCCACGCCGACGGAAAGACGGACAGAGUGGGAGACGGUCCACCGGGGUCUCCAGAACCAGAACCAGUCAGGGAUGGUGACUUGGAGAACCAGAAGAUGGGUCAACAAAAGGACUUGGAGCUGCUGGAGGCGGUCCUGCACUCUAGCACCCCCGGUGGUGACACACAGGAACCGUGGGACAGUCGCAGUACCCAGGCUACCUCCCGCCUGACCUCAGGUCUGAGCCGACAGGAACGUAGCAGGCAGCUGUGGGACGAUAUCAGCACCACAGAAGAAGACUGCAGUAAAGUCAACGCUCUGCAGCUCCGCCUGGAUGAGUCCCAGAAGGUCCUGCUGAAAGAGAGAGAAGACAAACUGGCUCUCAGUAAAAGCAUCGAGAGGUUGGAGGCUGAACUCAGUCAGUGGAAACUGAAAUAUGAGGAGCUGAGCAAGAGCAAACAGGAGGCACUCAAACAGUUGAACCUGUUGAAGGAAAUGCACCAGGAUGAACUGGGACGCAUGUCUGAAGACCUGGAGGAUGAACUGGGAGCAAGAACCAGUAUGGACAAGAAACUGGCAGAACUGCGAUCAGAGAUGGAGCGUCUGCAGGUGGAGAACGCAGCAGAGUGGGGUCGAAGGGAGCGUUUGGAGACCGAGAAACUGGCCCUGGAGAGGGACAACAAGAAGCUGAGGGCUCAGGCCGAGGACCUGGAGGAACAGCUGGUCAAGAAACGCCGCCAGGCCGCCUCGGCGCUGGACACUGACCUGAAGGCCAUCCAGGGGGAGCUGUUCGAGAGGAACAAGGAACUGGCCGACCUCCGCCACGUCCACGCCAAACUGAAGAAACAGUUCCAGGAGAAGACGGCAGAGCUGGUCCACGCCAACAGGAGGGUGGAGGGUCACGAAAACGAAGUCAAGAAACUACGACUGAGGGUGGAGGAGCUGAAGAAGGAGCUGGGACAGGCUGAGGACGAGUUGGAUGAGUCCCAUAACCAGACCAGGAAACUGCAGAGGUCUCUGGAUGAACAGGUGGAACAGACUGAGAACCUGCAGGUACAACUAGAACAUUUACAGUCCAGACUUCGACGUCAGCAGCAGAGUCCAGGUCUGUUCGGGAAGAUGAGGUCGAGUCGAUUCAGCCCCGAAAACCCAGACGGACCAUCCAGCGACAUGGAUGAGGAGGAGGAGGACCUGCAGCUCCAGAUCCCAUGACACACACACACACACACACACACACACACACACACACACACACACAGACACACACAGACGGAUGACGCAUAGAAAGGGUUUUAUCCAGAGUCAGAUCAGUCACAGACAUGUCCAGUUCAUCAGUGAAAACAAACUGUUUAUUCAGUUUCAUUUUCGAAUGUUAUGAUUGUUCACAUCUGAUAUAGAAUACAAAUCAACAUAAAGUCACUUAAGCUCUAAAAUGAAUCUAGUAACUUCCCCUGCUCUUCCUCUUCUUCUUCUAAUUAUGUUAAAAUAUAUGAAAAAACACUAAAAUCACCCCUGAAGACUGGACUUUACCAGUAUUACUAAUGCUGCCUUCAGGUGCUGUCAGGAAGACGAGCCUUAAUCCACUUGUGAUUUCAAAAUUACAAGUGCGUUGUGUUCAAGUGUUUUUGUCAUAGUGAAAUGAAAAAUAACACACUAUUUGUUUGUUUUUUUAUAAUUGUUUGUACUAUACAUGUGUAAAAUCAUCAGCUAACAGCAGCAGAACAUCAAUAAAAGCAUCCGUUGUCAUUGGCCGUGAAUCCCUCUUUGCUUUUCCCAGUUCUCCAGUGGAAAACGACGUGAGGGGGCGUUCAUGUGCAAUUUACAACUUCGUAAGGAGUAUUUACCACAGUUCCCAUAGCACAUGAAGGCAGCAUUAGAUUUUAUAUUUGUACUUCAUUUUAUUAUCGCUGUAAGAAAAUUCAGUCUCUGCAUUUUACACAUUCUAAUACACACACUUAGCAUUGACAUUAGCAUUAGCAUUAGCACAUGAGGUUUUACCGUUAGUAUUUGCCAGAAUUCCCACGGCACAUGAAGGCAGCAUACUUUACAACACAGCUUUACCAGUUUUAAGAUGGAGACUAAAUGGUUCUGAUCUGACCCUGGAUAAGACACACACACACACUCACACACACUCAAACCGGAGGACGGACAGUCGAUUAAAGGCUGAAAACAUUGCUGUGUUGUUGUUCAGAUGGACCGGAGCAGAGGCCGACCCUCCACGUUUCAUAUUUACCUCAUAUCGACAUACGGCUCAGAUCUGAACUGUUCUGCUGAACUCAAACCAGCCUCUUCACAGCGUCCGCAUCAGUAUUUAUUAGAACAUUUCAAUGGAACAUCUGUCUUUUCUGUAAAACCACCGUCUCCUCCUGAUUGGACGUCUUCUGUCCAGGUUGAACUUCUCGUCUGUUCGUCUGCAGAUGUUAACGGUGGAUGUUGGAAAGAAGGUCGUCAUUUUACCUCCGUCAGGUUAAAAACAAAAACAAAAUAAAACCUUUGGAAACAGUUUACUGCAUCGUUUUGGAGGUCGGACAUAAACGUCACAUAAAAACCACCAUCAGUGUCUUUUACAGGAAGGAGGAGGGACAACAGGC